AUGGAUAGGGAUUAUAGGCCUAUUGCUUGUUGUUCUGUUGUGUAUAAGGCUGCAACUAGAAUAAUGGAUGCUAGAUUGGCUCAGUACAUACCUAGGUUAAUUGCUCCCAAUCAGGCUGCUUUUGUUGAAGGGAUGGGUAUUGUUAAUAAUAGUCUUCUGGCUCAGGAAGUUGUUAGGGAAUAUAGUAGGAGAACUUUGUCUCCUGGAUGUGCUAUCAAAGUGGACCUUCAAAAGGUCUUUGAUUCUCUUGAUUGGGGCUUUGUUUUGAAAAUUUUGGAGGCUGUGGGUAUUCCUGAGAGGUGUCAGGCAGGGGACCCUUUGUCCCCUUAUCUAUUUGUUAUAGCAAUGAAUGUUCUUACAUACUUGCUGAAUAUGACUGUGUCUCAGAAGGGUUUUCAGUUUCAUCCCAAGUGCAGAAAGGGAACCUUGGACUCUAUAUUAGGGGUAAAGAGUGUGUUGGAAGUAUUUUAUGAGCAGUCUGGUUUAAAACUUAAUGCUUUUAAAUAUGAGCUGUUCACAUCUGGAGUUUCUGUGGCUCAAAAGUUUCUCAUGCAUGAGGUAACUGGUUUUAGGCUAGGUGAGUUACCUGUUAGGUACAUGGGGGUGAUUCUUGUUACUCGUAAGUUGACUGAGAGGGACUUUGUUGUUCUUGUGGAGAAGAGAAUUGGGCAGCUAUGUUCCAGUUCUUCUGGAAAGGUGGGGAUGUGUUUGUUAAAGAUGCUAGAGUCAGUUGAGAGAGUGUUUGUUGUCCUAAAUCUGAAGGGGUUGGGAGCUAAGAAUCCGAGGUAUUGGAAUAAGACCUUUAUUAUUCCAUUUUCAAGUGUAUUGACACUGGGGAGGAGUCUGUUGAGUUAA